AUGCUCUCUUGUGAGGUGAAGUUGGCGUCCGUGAUGCACAACGGAGUCAGCUUGGAUGAAUACCAGCAGCGCUUUGAUUUGCUGCGGGGACACCUUGUUGAAAACGAUGGGGAUUGGUACUUUAUGCGGGCGCAGGAAAACCGCCUCUUGUAUGGAGGGGAAGUGAAACAUAAACCCACAGCUGCUUCAAGCGCUCUUCAGCGCCGGUACUUCAACUGCUUUUAUGACUCCUUCAGGCAACGCAACGGUGAAUUUUAUCGCAACCUUCUCAAUGAGGUGAUGCAAAAGGAAUGGGCGGAACGUGGCCGGCUUAAUGAAUAUGAGGAGGAGGAAUUUUACGGUAUUUGCCGCUCUGCAGGCAACGUCCUAGGAGUUGCUGAGUGGGGUGGAUUGUAUUACACCUCACUACCACCGUUGGAGUCAGAGGAGUUUGGUCGCAGAAUGAUAAUAAGUAAAUUUUUCGCCAUGCUGCUUGAGGCGGUUUCUUUGCUUGAAGUUCUUCACCGCCGAACGAUAGUUUUUGCUGAGGAGCCGCCUGCGCGGAAGCUCAUUGAAGGAGAGGAGGUGCAUGAGUGGGUUGAAAGUCGACGGCUGCAAGUGGAGCGAGAACGACAAGAGGAGAUGGCACUUGAGGCGGGGGAGCGGCAGCGAUAUUUGGCCUACUGUGGUUGGAAGCAGCAACAGGCGUAUCAGGUGUUUUUGUUUGGGCAGAGUGAGCAAGAGGAGCGAAUGGAUGUCGAACGACUUCAGCGAUUUCACGCUGGCGUGAUUGCGCACCAUUUUUACAAGGAACAUAAAGAGGCGCGAUAUCAUCAGUUAAGGUAUCAAAUGCGACAGCGUCUGCUUCCUGCAGCAUUGGCGCGGGGUAUAGUUGGUGACGAGGUCAAAGAACGAUCCGUCAUUCUGCUUUUGCAGCGCGAUCGAUAUAGCGCCUUACAGGCGGAGGAGGUGAAGAGUUAUCUCUGGACGAAGCGAAAUGCGUUGUUGAACGAGCUUGUCGAUCGGGAGCGUGGUGGCAAAGGAUGUGUCUAUACCUACAUGUAA